AUGCUCGAAAUAUGUCAGAAAGAGCUGGAGUCUCUGUUAGAGGAGCUAAGAAAGAGAGGCCAAGGACAACGGCUAAGCUGGGAGAGAUUCAAAGGGGCUUUCCUAGCUAAGGACACUCGAGAAUCAGUCCAAAACCUUUCGCGGCAGUGCCAAUCGCUCAACAGUAUGCUCUCAAUCGAUGCGGCCGUUUUAGGGGCAACCAUCUAUAAAGAGGUCAGAGAAGGAAGAAAAGAACAGCAGGAAUGGCAGCGAGAGCAAAAUCGUCAGGCUAUCCUAGACUGGCUCACCCCAACCGACUAUACACCUCAGCAGAGCGACUUCAUUAGCCGCCGACAGGAAGGAACUGGCCAAUGGCUUCUGGACUGUGUAGAAUUCCAAGAGUGGAUGCACACCGAUAAACGAACGCUAUUUUGUCCAGGCAUUCCUGGCGCGGGAAAGACAAUUCUUACAGCCAUUGUGGUUAAUGACCUGGCUACACGGUUUACCGACAACGCAACCAUUGGCAUUGCAUAUAUCUUCUGUAACUUUCGGCGCCAGGGCGAGCAGAAGGCUAAAGACCUCCUCGAAAGUCUACUUAAACAGCUUGCUGAAGGCCAGUCUUCUCUACCAGAGAGUGUGUUAUCUCUUUACAGUAAGUACAAGGAGAAGCGUACGCAUCCAUCACUCGACGAGAUCUCGACAACUUUGAGAUCCGUGGUUGCUACAUUUUCGAGAGUCUUUAUUGUCCUCGAUGCGAUAGAUGAAUGCCAAGUGUCGGAUGGAUGUCGAUCGAGACUCCUAUCAGAAAUCUUUGAUCUUCAAGACAAGACUGGAGCGAAGCUCUUCGCAACCUCCCGACCGAAUCUGGAGAUCGAGAAAGAGUUCAAGGGAUAUCUCUCACGCGAAAUUCUUGCCAGCGAUGGAGACGUACAGAGAUAUCUAGAUGGCCAUAUGUCGCAGCUCCGUAAGUUCGUCUCGAGCAGACCAAAACUGCAAGAAGAAAUCAAGGAUGAGAUUUCAAGGACCGUUGAGGGAAUGUUUCUCUUAGCAGAGCUUUAUUUCCGCGAACUUGAGGAUUUAACUUCACCAAAGGCUAUAAGAGUAGCAUUACAUCAAUUCCAAAUCCAAGCUCAGGAUUCUAGUGAGAAUAAGAAGCUCAAAGUAUUAUCGAAGGUAUACGAUAGAGCAAUGGAUAGAAUCAAUGGGCAGAGAGAAGGCUUUCGACUACUUGCCAAGAAGGUUCUCUCAUGGAUCACUUGCGCGACAAGACCAUUGACGACGUUAGAACUUCGGCAUGCAAUUGCUGUAGAAAUCGAUGAGCUCGAACUAGACGAAGACAACCUCCCAGAUAUCGAAGACAUUGUCUCGGUGUGCGCCGGAUUAGUCACAGUGGAUGAAGAGAGCAAUAUCAUCCGCUUAGUCCACUACACAACACAGGAAUACUUCGAUCGUACGCAAAGCCAUUGGUUUCCCAGUGCAGACGCGGAGAUUGCGACAAUCUGCGUCACGUACCUCUCAAUUAGUGUCUUCGAAGGCGAAGCCUGUCCAAAGGAUAAUGAGCUUGAGAAGCCAUUACGAUCAAAUCAAUUCUUCGAGUACGCCGCCAGAAAUUGGGGACACCACGCUCGCAAGGGGCUUGCAACGACUCAAAUGGACAGACUAGUGCUACAGUUUCUCGAAAGCGAAGUCAAGGUCGCAGGCGCGAGUCAAGCAAUGCAAAACACCAUGGCUCCUGAGGGAGUAAAAGGAUUGCAUCUUACAGCGUACUUUGGCCUGCGAAGUGCAGCAAUCGAACUUCUGAAGAGGGGACAUGACCUAGAAGCCACAGAUUCUGACGGCCAAACACCGUUGAUGUGGGCUAUAGACAAUGGGAAUGACGAACUGGUAGAGGUGUUGCUACCAAAGGAGGCGAGCAUUGAUAAGUUUGAUACGUUGAAACGAACAGCAUUACACCAUGCUGCAUCGAUCGGGCAAAUCGUGUCCAUGGACCUACUUAUUCAACGCCAAGCAAACGUGGAGGCUCGAGACUUGCAAGGACAGACACCUUUG